AGCACUGUUAAGUAAACAUGGCGUCUCCGUGUCUCUCCUGUCACAAAUGAUGGAGAGAACUGAUUUAUAGGUCUUCGAUGCUAAAUGUGUCCGAGAAUGGAACGAGCGAAGGCUUGGACUCGGUCUUCGCCACAAACAUAUCUUCGUCCCCAUUCGCUCACUUGGCAUGGGAACUUAAUCGUCGGAGAGAGGCUGUAUGGGCGUUUCUCUGUCUCACCUUCAUCCUUGUUCUCAUCUUUCUGGCUGUUGUAAUUGGGAAGCCGUGGCGGGAAUACACAUACGCUAGUGGUAUGUCCCUGGGUGGUGUUAUCAGCUGGGAUUUCGAUGACAACAUAAGUUCCAUGCACGAAGACUUCGAUCGACCAAUGUCUCUUCGUAAUCAUCACAGUGAGUGACAAGGUUAUCAUGGAGGCUGAAACAGCUAAAAGCCUGGAAGAAGAAGAUGAAAGAGCUGUGGAAGUCCAAAGAUAAAAAGCACCAGAGGAGAUUUUCAAGGAAAAAGAAGAAAAGUGAACCCUACAACUUAGAGGGAGUAUCUCUUGUCAUCAGCCAAAGAGGCAGUGAUGAGUCCUCAUGAUAAUGGUAUGCUUUUCUAUUCCAAGUGUAGAAGUGGCCCAAGUUACCAUAAUGCUACAUCUAAUAAUGCAUCGUGGUUUCAAGAUGUCUUGGAUGCACCAUCAUGUGUUCCUUCACUGAUAAAGUUAAUAUAAUAAGAUAUAUCAGAAGUAAUGAGAGGAAGAAGAGGAUACCAGGGGGAGAUGAUUGGAAGGGAGUGUAAAGAAUGGGCAGCCAGUGGGUGUAUUUAUGUGAGUUUCUGAGUUCCAAAUUUAGUUCAUAAAAAAUUUAUAAUGAGGCAAAAUACUUUCAAUACCAUCUUAAUGCUGAGAUUACCAAGUAAACCAGAAAGGCCCA